AUGCAGGGUGCUGCAGAGCUGGGUGAAGUAUGCUGUGUCUCUGCAGGUGAGGACUCCAUCAGUGCCCUGGGCCUGAUCCUCGGCGUGGGGCUAUCACUGCUGCUUGUGUCCAUCCUGGGCUACAGCCUGGCCAAGUGGUACCAGCAUGGGUACUGCUGGGAGGGACCUAAUUUUGUCUUCAACUUGUAUCAAAUCCGGAACUCAAAGGAGCUGAAGAUGAGUCCACCCUUUACCAUCAGUGGCCACAUCAGCAGUCCAGAUGGUGGCUAUAUGAGAUUCUCCAAUAAGCUAGUCUGA